AUGGGUCUUACCAGUUCUCCAUACGUUUUAUCAGGUAUCCAACACAGAGUCAUUAAUACCAAAUCAAGAAGAUGUAUGGGCAGGUCUUGGAGGCCUAGCCUAUUCUAAAAGUACCGGGGAUGUUUUUGGAAAGAUGGUUAAAAAAAAGUAUUUACUUCAGUCACACCCAAUGGUGAUCCAAUCAUGGCUUUGUUUGAUAUCAGUCAACGAGAUGGUGAAAUUUUUAGAUGAACUUCCAGUACCAAUUGUGGCUGUUCUUAAAGCCUGUUACUUCAAAAUUCCUGUUGUUGAAUAUUAUCAACAUGAGAAAGUUGAAGAUGUUUUGAAAAAAAUACUACAGAUUAUGAAAAAACAAGGAAAACCUUUGGAUCCAGAGUCAUUUGAGAAGUGUUGUAAAGCCAGCCUUGGCCUGCACUAUGAAAUCCUCAAUAAUAAAUUGCUGCACAUUUAUUCUGAGCUAGCAGCUCUGUCUGCAGAGAUCAUCUUAACCUUUUUAAGAUUUGCAGGCUUGUCGAACGAAGGUGAUGAAACGAAAUCAUUACAACCUGAAAUAGAGAAAGUGUUUGACAGCACAAUGUCACUAACAAUAAAAUGGCUCAAAGAUGUGUAUGGGCACAAAUUUACUUUUGAGUACCACAUGCUAAAAAGAUUUCCUCUUGAAAUGAAGGCUUGGAAUCUGAUUCUGAAGGCUGGUGACAAUGCACCUCAGAAGUGGAAAGAUUCUCUCCUACCGCUGUUGUGCAAUAAAAUUAAGCAGGAGGACUCUGUUAAACAGAUUGUGAUCUACUGCAAAGAGCAGCAUCUAUUUCAAGAACUUCACCCAUCAAUUCAUAAAUGUUUUGAGGACUGCGCUAUUGAAGCAGUGCAUUCUGCUUGUCAGUCAGAGAAUAAUAUUCUCAGUCAGUUGGAUACAUAUAACUUGACAAAUUUUGGGCACUUGGUGUCCAGUGUUAUACUGAAUUCUUGGCCAAAAGAUGACCAUGGAAAAUGUGUGCAAGACAAUGAUAGAAUUGUACAGCACUUGUUACAGUGGGAUGAUGCUACAUAUAUAUUUAAACUUUAUGGAACAGACUCUAGAAUCAUUGAGCAUAUUAAUGAGGAAAUUCAGGAGCUGGUGGCCAUCUCAGACUCUGUGUUUCUAGAAGCCAGAAAAAGUGUCAUCGAUGGAACUGUGCCAAUUAAACAUUUGGAAUAUAUUUUGAAGAGCAAAAACAAGUUUCUGGACAUUUGUAGACUUAAAGCAGAAAAAAGAGAGAACAUCUCGGUGGCUAACAUCAAACAAGUGCUGGAGUGGAGGGGGAAAGAGUUUAAAACUAUAAAGACAGAACGGGAGUGGGUGGGCAGUCUCCUAAACAUGAUUAACAGAAUUGUUCGGAGUGUAAAAGUAAAUGUUUCUGAGGUUCGGAGGAAAUAUUCAGCAAAUCUGGGACCCCAAAAACUGAAUGAUUUAACCCCUGUAAAGAUUCUUGGUGAAAGUAUCCAAGGAGACUCUGUGUCCUACUACCAACUGUCUUCUGACCUAAUGGACAUGGCUCACUAUGUACAUACUUUAACAAACAGUCACGUUUUCAUUACAUGCUGGGGACAACAAGGGCACUUACUUGCAAACAGCAUUGAAGAUUCAUUCGAAAGUCAGGUCAGUGACAAAAGUCAAGAUGAAGAAGAUGUGGAAAUAACAUUAGUGGAAUUAAAGGAUAGACUCUUUACCCCCUGCCUUGAACAUUGUAAAAUCAUUUAUGAAAAUUUAAAGACGGGAGAAAUCACGUUUGAAGUUGCUGAUGACUUUUUGGAGGAUUUCAGAAAUAGAUCUGAACAGUUAAAAGAAGAAUUUCGAGCCUUGUGUUGUUUGGGAGAUAAGGACAGUGGUCGAUGGAUCUCUGAACGUGUGAUGCAGAUUGAGCAGUAUCACCAGCUUGACGUAGCGUUCCGUUCAGCAAAAGUCAUAUAUGACGUGAAAUGUUUGCUAAAUCUAUCUGGAAAUUUUCAAACCUUAACAACACUGCAGGAAUUUGCUGACGACUUUGAAAACUGUAAACAAAAGUCUCUUUCUUGCAUAAAUGAUGAAGUGAUGAAAACAAGAAAACUUUUAUCAGAAAUAAAAGAUGAACAUAUCGAAUGCCUUAAGGAGCUUUUAUCAGCAAAGGACUUUUUACUGUGGGUGAGAGAAGAAUUGGAAGAUGUCAAUGAAUUAAAAGUGUUUGUUGACUUGGCCUCAAUCUCUGCUGGUGAGAAUGAUAUGGAUGUAGAUCGCGUUGCCUGUUUUCAUGAUGCAGUUCUGGGUUAUUCAUCUUUACUAUACGAACUUAAUUCAAAUUCUGGUUUUGAUGACUUAAUGGCAUGUUUGCAAAAACUGUGGAAGGCUUUACAAAGUGACCGAAACCUCUCCAAAAAGUUGAGAGACUCUGCUCGCCACAUAGAGUGGUUGAAAACUGUGAAGGAAAGUCACGGAUCAGUGGAAUUGUCCUCGCUGUCAUUAGCAACUACAAUAAACAAAAGAGGGAUAUACGUAAUCCAAGCACCCAAAGACAACAAAAAGAUUACCCCAGACAGUGUGAUGCAAUUGAAUCUCCAAGAAGAAGGAGACAGCAGGAUAAAUGAACGUAGUUACAACCUAGAGGAGUUGAAGGAAUUACUGAAUAAACUUAUGCUUAUGUCUGCGAAAGGAGACCAGAGCAAUCAGGAGGUUGAAAAGUUUUCAGAGAUUUUUUCCAAUGUGCAGAGGCUGUCCAAAUCAUUUAUUUACCUAUAUUUAUCUGGAAAUAUGUUAUUUAGAACUUGGAAGGCAGAAAUUUACUGUUCAGAUGAUGCUCAAACUGGAAUUUGCAUGAGAUUUGAUGUUAAUGGUAUUGACAAACUGGAAGAACAUGGACCUCCUACCAAUCUACUUCCGGAUAUCUGCAGCACAAUGGAGAACUUGUUAGAAAAGUGGUUGGAAUUCAUGAACCAGAAGAGGUCUCAGCUUUACUACCUAAACUAUUACACAGCUGAACAGUUGGUUUUCCUGUGCCAGGAAUUUCAGCGAAGAGAUAUCAACGAGGAGGCACUUGUAAUGUUGUCUUUUAUUAAACCCCAGUGUCAAAAAAUUGACACAACAAAGUCCUGUUACACAGAGACUGGAUUUACUGGGGGUUGUCCAAACAGAUUGAGUUUUGCAUUAAAAUUUGCAAACUGUGCCAACGUGUUGGAGAAGCUUGAAAUUGUUUGGGAGCAUUCUAUGAACUACAUGAAUUCACUCUUCCCAGGGUGCUUAGAUUUAGAUGUUCUAGGUAAAUGCUUGUCCUCUUUAGCAAAACAAAAUAAUAAGUGGGUUUUGCGCAAGUUUCAUCCCAGUUUACGUGAAGGUUGUCCCAAUUUGGUUUUAUGUCCCUCAUCCCAGAUCUUGUCCUGUGCUCUGGCAAUCUAUAUGUACAGCUUUACUGAGCCUUUACCAACUUAUGAUGAAGUGUUACUGUGCACACCUCAGACUUCAUUUGAAGAAGUUGCCUUGUUUUUUAGAAGGUGUCUAACACCAGGUUACAAUGGCAAGAAGAUUUACAGUUUAAUCUAUGCAGAUGAACUUAACUAUGAUACAGCAUACAAAUCAGAGCAGCUAUUCCAGCAGCUGCAGGCACGAAGUAACGAUCAUUACCAUCUAGUGAUCAUAUGUAAUUCGGAUCGAGAACAUUGCUAUAUUCCCUCUGUCUUCAGCCAGAACAAGGUGCACAUGAUUCCUCAUGCACCCCUUGAUAACAUACAGCGUUAUCUACAUACUCAUUUUGCUGUUGAUCGUACAGCUGUUUCCGCUGCUCACGUAUUUCAGAAUGGGCUUAAUGCUGGAAUUGUGUCAUCCAAACGAGCAGGAGUGGGAAAAUCUCUGUAUGUAAAAAGGCUUUAUCAAAAGCUUGUGUCAAGCUUCACCACUGAGAGGCCAGUUCUUAAAACAAUCCGGCUUAUUAACCCUGAGGUGGAUGAAAAUAAAGUAUUGAACACUUUACUGCCUUUUCUUGACGUCAGAUUGAAGAAUCGUCCUAUUAUAUUCCACAUUGAUGUUACAUCUUCUGUGAACAAGGGGAUUUCAGAAUUCCUGUUUAAGCUUUUUGUUCUGCAAUAUCUCAUGAAUUCAGAAGGAAGAAUAUGGAAGCGCUUGACAAGUCACUUGUACAUUGUUGAGAUUUUGAAAUCCUCAAACACAACGUUUGCCAAGCAGAUUCAAUCCGUUCCUCAAGCGCUACAGCACAAUUUUAUUGACUUCUUUCCCAAAAUAUCAUGCUGUUCACCGAAAGAAGUCCUAAGAAAAUGCACAGAAGAUGUGGCAGAUGACUGUGGGGAUCCAGGAAUGGAUGUUGCGGAAUUCCAAAGUGAAUGUUUCCAGAGACCAUACCAGUAUUUAAUACGUUUUGACAAAGGACAGAAUCUAGACACAUUUACAUACAAACAUGACAGUGUAGAAGGGGAUCCAGCAGAGUGUCUGCAGAUAUUCCUUUUGCAUUGCGGAAUUAUUGAUCCUUCUUGGUCUGAACUCAGAAACUUUUCCUGGUUUUUAAAUCUCCAACUUAAAGAUUGUGAAUCUUCAGUUUUUUGUAAAGUUGAACAUGUUGGAGAUUUAUUGCCAGGAUUUAAGCGUUUUGUGGUUGAUUUUAUGAUAAUCAUGGCAAAAGACUUUGCUACACCAUCUUUGGAUAUUGCAGAUCAAAGUCCAGGAAGGCAAAUCAUUAACUUUCAUGGACGUGAGGAAAAGGACCUGGCUCCUUUUUUGUUGCGUAAAAAGUGGGAGUCUGAACCACAUCCCUAUAUCUUCUUUAAUAAUGAUCAUGUGUCCAUGACAUUUAUUGGAUUCCACUUAAAGCCAAAUAAUACAGGAGGUGUAGAUGCUAUCAAUCCCAGAGAUAAUACUGUAAUUAAACAAAAUGUUAUGACCAUGCAGCUUUAUAACGGACUGGUGCUUCAAAGAGUGCCAUUCAAUAUUGACUUUGACAAUCUACCCAGGCAUGAGAAAAUAAGCAGAUUAUGUAUGGUCCUAGGAAUCCAAUGGCCAUUUGAUCCAGAUGAAACAUAUGAGCUCACUAUGGACAAUAUUCUCAAGAUUCUGGCCAUUAAAAUGAGAUUCCGAUGUGAAAUUCCGGUUGUCAUCAUGGGAGAAACUGGUUGUGGAAAAACACGACUAAUAAAGUUCUUAUGUCAUUUGUGCAAGGGAUUUGUUGAUACAGAAAAUAUGAAGCUUGUGAAAGUUCAUGGAGGUACCACGGCUGAGAUGAUUUCCCAGAAAAUAAUUGAGGCACAGGAAAUUGCAAAGUUUAACAGAGACAAUGGAUGUGAUACUGUGUUGUUCUUUGAUGAAGCAAAUACAACUGAGGCCAUAAGUAGUAUCAAAGAAGCUCUGUGUGAUCACACCGUAGAAGGAGAACCAUUAGAAGAGAAUUCUGGGUUACACAUUAUUGCAGCCUGCAACCCAUAUAGAAAGCACACUGAUGAAAUGAUUAAACGCUUAGAGUCUGCUGGUCUGGGUUACAGGGUAACCGCGGAUGAGACCAAGGACAGACUAGGGUCCAUCCCAUUAAGACAGCUUGUUUACCGCGUACAUGCUUUGCCUCCUAGCAUGAUGCCACUGGUAUGGGACUUUGGACAACUAAAUAAUGAAACCGAGAAGAAAUACAUACAACAAAUCAUUCAGAGAUUAGCAAAAGAGAUUGAGUUGUCUACUAGUAAUGUACAGUUAUUAACUAAUGUGCUCUCAGCUUCUCAAAGUUACAUGAGGUUAAAAAAUGAUGAAUGCAGCUUUGUCAGCCUAAGAGAUGUUGAACGUUGUGUAGAGGUCUUCAAGUGGUUCUAUAAACAUCAUGCAAAGCUGCUAAAGAAUCAGAAAAACAUGUUAAAGAAUAAAAGAAAUGUCUCUUAUCAAAAAGAUAAAGUAGCUUGGUCUCUUGUGCUAGCUGUUGGUGUAUGCUACCAUGCCUCUUUAGAAACUAAGGAAUCAUACAGAGAGGCCAUAUGUGGACAUUUCCAUUCGCCAUACAGAGACCAAUCUGCUAUUUUGGAUGAAAUAAGUAUCAUUCAAGAUCUCUUUUUAUCAGGGGUACACUUAAGAAACACCAUUGCAAGAAACCUGGCCUUGAAGGAAAACUUAUUUAUGAUGGUCAUCUGUAUUGAACUUAAAAUCCCUUUAUUUCUUGUUGGAAAACCAGGAAGCUCAAAGUCACUAGCAAAGACUAUUGUUGCAGAUGCCAUGCAAGGUCAGGCAGCUCAUACUGAACUGUAUAAAGACCUUAAACAGAUUCACUUGGUAUCUUUUCAGUGUAGCCCUCACUCAACUCCAGAAGGUAUAAUUAGCACAUUUAAGCAUUGUGCUCGCUUCCAGGAAGGGAAAAAUUUAAAAGAGUAUGUGUCUGUGGUGGUUCUUGAUGAAAUCGGUCUUGCUGAAGACUCUACCAAAAUGCCUUUAAAGACACUUCAUCCUUUGCUGGAGGAUGGUUGCAUUGAUGAUGAGCCAUUGCCACACAAAAAGGUUGGAUUUAUUGGAAUCUCUAACUGGGCCUUAGAUCCUGCAAAAAUGAAUAGAGGAAUAUUUGUAUCUCGGGGUGAUCCUGAUAAGCAAGAACUUAUUGAAAGUGCUGAGGGAAUCUGCUCAUCUGAUAACCUCAUUCUUACAAAAGUCACAAACUAUUUCCAAUACUUUGCAGAUGCUUAUCAGCAAGUUUGUGAGACUCAAAAAGAACAGAAAAAAGAAUUCUUCGGUUUACGUGACUUUUACAGUCUGAUAAAAAUGGUGUUUGCUUUUACCAAACAGUCAGUCUUGACAGAGCGUGAAAUUGCUCGCGCAGUCCUCCGGAAUUUCAGUGGGAAAGAUGAUUUAAAUGCAUUGGACAUUUUUUUGGGAGACGAAAAUAAAAAUCUAGGCGAGGCUUAUAAUACGAUAGAUCUGGUGAUGGAAAAUAUUAAAAGUGACAGUGAGGACUGUGAAUCUCGUUACCUUUUAAUAUUGACCAAAAACUAUGCAGCACUUCAGAUACUUCAACAAGCAUUUAUUAAGGAGAACCAGCAACCUGAAAUCAUAUUUGGAUCCAGCUUCCCAAAGGACCAAGAAUACACUCAGAUUUGCAGAAAUAUCAACCGUGUUAAGAUCUGUAUGGAAACUGGCCAGAUGGUCAUUCUCCUUAAUCUCCAAAACUUGUAUGAAAGCCUCUAUGAUGCAUUAAAUCAAUAUUAUGUUUACCUAGCUGGCCAAAAGUAUGUAGACUUGGGCCUUGGUACCCAUCGUGUAAAGUGCAGGGUUCACCCAAAAUUCAGACUGAUAGUCAUUGAAGAAAAAGAUAUUGUAUACAAAGACUUCCCAAUCCCACUGAUCAACAGAUUAGAAAAACAUUAUUUGGAUAUUAGCACAUUUUUGAAAAAAGAAGACAAAAUUCUUGUUGAACAGCUUGAGGCUUGGGUACAAAGUUUCACCAGUCCAAAAGUAAACCACCUCAUGGUAAAAGAUCAUGAAUACAGUCCUUCUGAUGUUUUUAUUGGCUACCACUCAGACACAUGUGCUUCAGUUGUUCUUCAAGUAUCAGAGAAUAUGAAUCAAGCACAACAUGAUACCGAAGAUAUUAAAAAGGAGAAGUAUAAGGCUGCACAAAAUGUUCUGCUUAAAUGUGCUACACCAGAUUCUGUCAUCAGGUUAGACCGCCAAGAAUUAAUUGAUGAGUACUUCAAAAUACAACAUCAUGGCUCCUUGGUAGACUUCCUCCAUUCACAUAUAACAUCUGCAUUUCACAACAGCACCAUUUUCACUGAGAUCACAACAUUUUCACGCCUUCUUACUUCUGCGGACAAAAAGAUUUUAGAAGUUGAAUUACAAAACAAUAUCAGCAAAAUUGAAAUUUUGUCCCUUCAACAAUUUGACACAGAAUUCUCAUUUUUGAAGAAAAUUCGGCAUUUUCUAGAAUCUGCCUCUGGCAAUCUGAUACUAAUUAUACAGACUGAUUUUGAAGAAGGGUCUCGAGGAGCAAAUCUUGUUGCAUCAGCAAAGUACUCUGCUGUGAAUGAAAUAAACAAGUUAAAUCUCAGCACAAAAUGUGUCUUUGUCUACUUUAUAACUAAGCUCCCGAGAAUCAAAGGUGGAACAUCAUAUGUGGGCUUUCGUGGAGGUUUGUGGCAAUCUGUGCACAUUGAUGAUUUGAGGAAAUCUAAAGAUAUGGUGACCGAUGUAACAGCACUUCUGAAGUUCACCAUUAGUCAGUUGUUCUAUACUGCAGAUCCUGAAACAAAAGUAAUAAACAAUGAGACUCAAAAACUGGCCAAAGAAACAGCAAUGGAAGUGGAAGACUGUGCAUCCCAUGGCAAUGAAGUGAAUGCAAGCAAUCAUUAUGAGGAGGCCAGCUUAAUGGAGAUAGAUCAAGAUGUCAGUAAGGAGACAGACAUGCAACCAGUCUCUUUUGAGAAUAUAUUGGAUACCACCAUUCUAAUUAGAAGUUGUGUCCAGAAUGCUAUAGGCUUGUUAAGAGAUGAGAAUAUUGACAGUCGUAGCACCAGAAGGAUUGAAAUCCUGAUAAACCUGUUGAGUACAGAGAAUGAAAUGAAAGAUUCCUUCUUGAAAUAUCUAAAACACCGUCUACAUAACAUGUUGAAGACUCAGGAAGUAGAUUUGUAUCAUGCUGAAGAUUGGGUUGUACGAGAAGCUGCAAAUCUAGAUGCACUGCAGGAAGCAGGAACUUUCAGGCAAACCCUUUGGAAACGUGUUCAAAAAGCUGUGACACCCUUUUUAUCCCAAAUUUUAUCCAUCAUUGACUGCAAUGGCAACCUGGAAAUUCUUGUGAACGACCAUGUGGAGGACUUUGUAAAAUCCCUAUGGAUGUUCAUUUAUUCGGAUGAAAAACUUCUAUCUGUUCCCAGCUACUUCAGCUCACAGACUGGAACAAUUCUGGUGAAGAACACCAUGAAUAUUGCUGCUUUUGGAGAAAAUUUCUUGCCUUUCAGCUGGCGGAUUAAAGAUUAUCUAGAAGAGAUUUGGACUCAGGCUCAGCACAUUCAUUGCAUAGAAGGUCCUGAAGUGAAGUCUUUGAAUAUCUUCUCACAGACCCCUCUAGGAAAUUACAUUUCCUCCAAAGAAAUAAGUGAACAGCAGGAUCUGUUCUUAAAUUAUCAGCGAGACUUCAUCCUUAUGUCUAUGACUAUAUCUUCUCCCAAAGAGCUGAAGGUAAUGGAAUAUGCUCUUUCAACAUGUGUUGAGGAAGUAAGAAUGAAUAUAGGCAACGACCAGCUGACUCUUCCAUUGGUGCAUAUUGGAUACAAUAGAUUUCAGCACAGACUGCAAAACUUAUGCAGGAUUAUUGCACUCAGUCCUUCAGUGCUUGAUUCUCUUGAAAAAACAAUUGAGGACUCUAAUGCAGUAAUUAGAGGUCAAAUGGUCCUAGAUGUUUUUGCUGCUAUUGCGUGUUUGGAAAUAUUAAAAGACAGUGUGACAGACCUACACCCAGGAGCAUGGAUGUGCCAAGUAAAAAACCUACAAAUGCCUAUAGAACUAAUAUGUUCAGAAGAGUAUUUAAAUGGCUUCAGUUCUAGGUGUAAACCUGGAAUUGACCAAAUCAGGUCCUACUGGAAUUGUGUGUUUUCCAUGGCCCUUUUUAUGGAACAUAUGCUAGUGGAGGACUAUAUUCAGGAUCCAGAGAUGUGGCAAAUCAUUAUAGGACAUACAUACUUUAUCGGAAAGUGCCUGGAGAACUUCAAAGAUAUAAAGUCUAUCAGGCCAUUCUUGGCGGUGGUGGAUGUCCUUCAUAAGUGUAGAGAUGACGUUUCCAAAUCAGUUUCAAGGUUUGGAAUGCAAACCUGUGCAGUCUGCCACAGUGAUCCAAACGAGCCAGUAUGCCUUCCCUGCGACCAUAUUUUCUGCAGGGCUUGUUUGAGCAAGUGGUUGCAAACUGUAAAUAAUAAUACAUGUCCACUGUGUAAAGCACCGCUACCAGACGGCUUCGCUGUUGUUGUGUCUAAUGAAAUCAGGGAUUCCAUACAGAAAUAUAUCCAGUUUCGAAAACGAUGUAACGGAUUCUUCGUUGAUAUCAUAUGUACCAUGUGCUUCAAAGACGAUACUCCACCAGACAAGGAGGUCAUUGACCAUCUUCUCUCUCUACUUUUUGCCAGCGUUGAGCAAAAGUCUUGCACAAGAUCGCUUUCCCCAUUUGAAGAUGCAGUUGAUAAAACACCGGUGCUUCGCUCAGUCAUACUGAAGCUGCUAUUGAAAUACAGUUUUAGGGAUAUAAUGGGGUAUGCCCAGGAGUAUUUUUGCAAGGUGGAGAGAAACAACCUUCUUACUGUGCUGGACACCACAGAAGUCUACUUGCUGUUUGUAAACUGCCUAGAGGACUCGUUGUUUGAAAAAGGACAAAAAAUCCAAUGUGCAUCUGACAAAGAAAAGUACCUUAAUGAUGAAGGAUCAUUUCUGGAGCAAUAUACACAUGGUAGAGAAAAACCAGAUAAGACUGUACAGUUUCUUCAGGAUUUGGCAAGAAUUAGACUGGCACUUAACAAAGCGGCAGAAUUGUUUUCUGUCAAAUCCAAAGGAGGUGCCAAUCAGCAUUACUUGCAGUGUGUUAAAACAUUUUGCUCGUUGUCUGGCAAUGACUGGUAUAGAAUUUAUUUAAUUCGAAAGCUAGCAAAUUUGGAUGGUAUAGACUCUGUCCAAAGGCAUUUUAAAGAUCCGGACUUUAAGUGGCUUUUCCCUAAAGUAAUGCUACAGAAUAAGGAGUCUCAAAGUCAAAUUGAUCAAUUCAUGGUGUGGGGCAACAGCUACAAAGUUCUAAGAGAUGGUAUUGGUAGAGCGAUGAUGGAGGGCAAAGACGAAAGGAUCGUAAAAGCCAUAGAGGAGUGUAAAAUCCCCGACCAUGAACUAGCUGUCUGCAUACUCCUUGCUGUGUUCCGUGAAAUAACCAUGUAUUAUGGGACCCAAAAUAAUCCAGAUCGUGGGGCAGUGACUGAACAUAAAGCCGUGAAUUUUAUCAAGAACAUCAAAGUUCUCAAAGAAGAAGCAAGGAGCCGCUUUGUGGAGACAUUGCUCAGCAACAGCCGGCCAAUACUUCGUGUUGUUCCUGGUACAAGAAGCUCACACGUCACUGUUUUCGGACUGGCUAUACAUUUGGGUGCUGUACUUCUCAAUCAGAAUAAUCAUCUUCUUUCACCACUAAGAAAUUUGUCUUUUGUUCCAUCAAGAAUGCAGAAUUCGUAUUUGCCAACAAUGCCAGAAGAUUUGAUUGUCUAUGCAAGAGUUGCUAUGCGUGAACAGCUGCAUUGGUACCGUUGUCCUAAUGGUCACUACUGUGCUGUUGGUGAGUGUGGUCAACCAAUGGCAACGGGUCGAUGUUUAGACUGCGGAGCUGAUGUUGGCGGGCAAAAUCAUUUACCUCAUCAAGGAUUCCAGAGAAUUCAGCAGGACGAGGACCGCACCCAGACUGGACAUGUGUUAGGAGGUCCUGAACGGCAAGGAACAGUUAUAGCUCCAGACAGAGAUCUACCUACUCCUGCAUUCAUUUUGCUGAGGCUGCUGACACAUCUAUCAAUGCUCCUGGGAUCAGAAGAGGAUUUACAGAGUCUAAGCCGCAUUGUGAAGCCACCUGUUCCCGAUGUUAGAAGUUUCCUUUUUCAACACAUAGAAAAAGAUCUAGAACAUCUGAGGAACACUCUUGGAAAAAGUUCAGAUGACACCACCAUCAUUGUACAUCUUGUACUUUGUCAAAUGCUGAAUCCCGAUCAGCGCGGACAGUGGCCUGUUCACUUUGAUGAAGUGUGGUCAACAAAAGACAUGAGAAACAGCUGGGAGAAACACUUUGCAUCAAUGGUCAUUGGACCUGUGCUGAAGCGCCUAAAUGAGGAUCUGGUGGCUGUGAACAAUUACAUCAGAACAGAUGAGCGAAUAAGUUCAAACCCCAUAGUAAGGAUUGUGUAUGGCGACCCGAUGGCUAGUGGAGAAAAACUGGAACUGCCGUGGAACAGUCAUGUUCAUUGUUCCAAAAUAUGGAGCUGCAGAGAAAGGGUCUCCAUAGAAUAUCUAAUGCAUAUCGUUCAGCAGAAAGAAGGGAAGGAUGCUCUGCCGUUAUUAUGGAAGUUCUUGGAGAAGGAAACAGAACUAAAGAUGGUGAAAUUCCUGCCAGGAAUCCUAAAUCUUCAAAAAAGGCUGGUAAAAAGGUUCCAGAAUUGCAGAGAUAUUACACAUGAGACCAUACAAGACUUUUUAAACUCCAUACCCUCUGAUGGUGCUCAACAUUUAAUGAAAAAGUGGACAGAGGAUUUUCUCUUAACGUGGAAUCAUUUGCGGCAUUCCCUUCUUACUAAUGGUGAAAUAAAGCUGCCAAAUGAUGUGAGUGAUCUCGUCCUUACUAUGGAUAGUAAACUCAGCUAUCUUCUUCCACGUCGGCAAGGGGAUGGCUUAUGUGCAACUGCCCUGGUCAGCUACCUCAUUACUCUGCACAACAGCUUUAUAUACGGCCUGGAAAAAUACACCACCAGUAGUCAGAAGUAUUCCAUUAGGUGCUCGGAAAUAACACAUCUGCAUGUCAUCACCUAUGAAAUGGAAAAGGAUUUGGUGCCUAUAAUCCUUUCCAAUUGCCAAUACACCCUGGAGAGUGGGAAAGAGACCUUGCAAGAAUUUGAUCUUCCAAAGAUCCAGCAUCAAAUUGCCAGUCGAUUUUUUCAAGGAAAACCUCUUCUCACCAUGGCUGGUCUUCCAACAAUGAUAUCUUCCCAAGAUCGGAACUACGAAAACCUAUUCAUGGAUAUCAGGAAAAAGCUUGGACAGAUUCCAUUACCAAACUCAACUAUAGAUUUUAUAAGCAAAGACCUGAAUACGUUCAGUGAUGUCUGUGAGGCCAUAAACCUUGUUGAUGUCAUGUUGGGAUUCCUGUCAAUGUCCGGAGGAGAUCCAGAACUUCCUAUUACAAAGUACAUUGAGGAUAUCUUACAAAUGAAAGACCAGAACAGCAUCCAUGUCCUUGAGGCAUUGAAGCGCUGUUUUCUGAAGAACACCAUUGCACUCUGGCAGUUACUCACCGCUCUGAAGUCUGCACAUCUUCUACACCUUAAAAGAGACCCAUUUGUUGAUGUUGACCAAGCUUAUAAGAUGGAAGUGGGAAAGGAAGGGCGGCAACAACUCAAUAUCUUCCUGGAGCAAAAUGGAACAAAUGUCUUUUUGUUUGAAUUGCAUGAGAUGAUCACCAUAAAACUAAGGAAGCCGCACAGCGCGGAUCAUUUCAAACCUGCCUGGCCCCUAAGAGACGUACUCGGACCUCUUCUUGAUGAAAAAGAUGUCUCUUUCCCUGAAAUGGAAGAACGCUUUCCGGAGCAGAUUGCACUUUGUCACUGCAUCGAUGCCUGGAAGAUUACUGCCUCUAAGAAAUGGGAUCGUCUGUGAAGUUAUGCUGCCGAAAAGUAUUUUGCUUCCCUGGAUUCAGAGACUUUAGAGUGUGUUUACAUGGUUGAUACCGCAUCAGAACUGCACGGGAAAAAGCGUAAGGGUACCAGGCCGUGCCCACCUGUGGCAUCCAAUGGUUGCAUAAUGUAGCAGUAAAGUAGUGCAGCCAUUGGCUGCAGCAGGUGGGCGUGUCACGCAGUUCUUUGAUGCACUUACGAUGUUUACAUAAUAAAUAAGCAAACCUUAACUGCUCCGUGUGAACAUACCCUAACGCUGCACACUUAGGGUUUUAUACUUUUUUAUUAUUAUUGAGUAUACACUUACAUAUUCAUUACAAAUAGGGAUCAAUCAUUUUGCAACAGAGUUUCUGAUUUGCCAUAGAGAUAACUAUAACUGCUGUACAUGUUAAUUAUCAUACUAUGGCGUGUGCUGCACAUGAUCAGUGCCUUACAGAGAAAAGAAGCACAGCCCAUACUUCAGCCUUGAACAUUUCAUGGUAUGAGUCUACAUAAGGUAACUUGGCUGAUACUUAGUUUGUAGGCAUCACAUCUUCUCCAUUCAUAGCAAUCACUGCUUUCAAAGCUUUGCUGGCCAGUCUUGGAAACAGACAUUGAGAUGUUUCUAAUCCACUGUUACAGAUGUGGCCUAAAAUAUAUA